AUGAAUUCUGAGCUUUCGUUGGAAACUGAUUCAGAGCGAUCCGAAAAAGGGCCUCAUGGCGAAAAAAAGGAAGUCAUUGCUACCAGUUCGUUCAACAGCGAAAACGUCGUGCAACAUCAAAUUCAGCUCAACAGUUCUCUCGUCAAUGCCAACACCGACAGUGCCGUGGAUUUGCAUAGAAUCCUGACGCAGAACAAACAAGGUGUAGAAAAGAUCUUGUCCCGCUACGAGUCCAAUACUCACGGUUUAGGUCCAGUGGAAUCAGGAAUCGAUCUUGAAAAAGUAGAAACGACCCCAGCUCCCAACUCGUCCUUUAAUGCUAACGACAAAUGGAAAUACCCGGUAGACGAGGACAGCAAACUCCGGAUUGUGGAUUUCGUGGAAGACGACCGGGACGACCCACGUAACUGGACCAAGGCCUACAAGUGGAAGUACACGGUUCUACUUGGCGCUGUAUGCUUUGACGUUGCCAUGAUGUCUGCGGUCAUUACAGGCGACUUGGAAGCGCCCAAAUACGAGCUGAACUGCUCCACCGAAGUUAUGUGUCUUUGUGUGUCGCUGAUGGUGUGGGGGUUCGGUCUGGGACCCUUACUAUUUGCACCGCUCUCGGAAGAAUUUGGACGUAACCCAGUUUACCAAGUGACUCUGUUUAUCGCUGUUGUUUUUAUCGUGCCUUGCGGAGCAGCAAAAAACAUUGGCACACUUUUAGCAUUCAGAUUUUUGGACGGACUUGCAUUCAGUGCGCCCAUGUGUUUGAUCGGCGGUUCUUUAAGUGAUAUGUGGAGAAGCACCGAGCGAGGCGUAGCUAUGUCUAUUUUCUCUGCCGCUCCCUUCUUGGGCCCUGUUAUGGGCCCCAUCGUAGGGUCCUUGUUAAGUGUAAAGUGCUCCUGGCGAUGGGUUUACUGGUUCAUGUUGAUCUUCAGCGCCUGCCUGUACGUGGUGGUAGUGAUGUUUUUGCCAGAAACUCAUCACCAGAAGAUUCUAAGAGCAAGAGCCAAGCAUCUCCGCAAAAUAACUAACGAUCCCACUUACAGGACCGUCAGCGAGAUCAAAAUCCGGACUUUGAAGGAAGUCACCUCUGAAACUCUUCUACGUCCAAUGGUGCUUCUUUUGGAGUUGAUCGUUUUCCUCAUUACCAUGUACAUGACCGUCAUUUACGGCCUCUUGUACAUGUUUUUCUUUGCCUUCCCCGUCGUGUUCUCCGAGGGUAAACACUUUGGCCCCAUCAAGACUAGUCUCAUGUUCAUUCCAGUAGGCGCCGGAGUUCUUCUUGCCACGGCAAUCUCACCUUUCCUCAACAAAGACUACGUGAAAAGAGCUCAGAAAUACCUUGACAGAGGAGAAAUCCCUCCCGCCGAACUCAGAUUGAUCCCCAUGAUGAUCGGAUGCUGGUUCGUUCCCAUCGGCCUCUUCUCCUUUGCCUGGUCCUCUUUCCCACGCAUCUCAUGGGCCGGUCCGUGCUUUAGUGGGUUUGCUUGUGGAUUCGGGUUCUUGAUGCUCUACAACCCAGCUAACAAUUACAUUGUCGACUCUUACCAGCACUAUGCGGCAUCUGGUCUUGCAGCCAAGACUUUUGUUAGAUCCAUGUGGGGUGGUUCAGUGGCACUAUUCACGAUCCAGAUGUAUCACAGACUAGACUACCAAUGGGCCACUACUCUAAUGGCCUUUAUUGCACUAGCAUGCUGCGCUAUUCCAUAUUUGUUCUACUUUUUCGGGGCUAGAAUCAGGCAGAAAUCCAAGUACGCCUACUCACCCGUAUUACACAGUGGCAAGACUGAUGCAGAAGCCGACCCUAAGUAG